UUCCUACCUGCAUGUUUACCUCACAUCUAUCACCUUGUUCAAAUUCCAAUGAAGUGGAUUCAAGCUCAAAAUUACUGCAGGAAGACAUACACCAACCUGGCGACUGUACAUAAUGCUCAGGACUUUGCCGAACUCAGUGAAGUCAUAGGAUCAUCAGGUUAUUUAUGGUUUGGACUUCAACCUGACACAGAAGCAUGGGAAUGGUCUCUGGAGAACCAGGAUCACUAUGAUGAAGGAGAGGCUGACUUCAGGAUGUGGAAUAAUGGUGAACCCAGUUAUGGAAUAAGCAGCUACAUGGCUUGUGUGGCAAUGCUUCAAAAUGGGAACUGGGAUGACCAGUUGUGUGAAAACCUGUUACCAUUCUACUGCUACAACAAAAAGACAUCAAGUUUCACCUUUGUGGGUGUGAGUAAGUCCUGGGGGGAUGCUCAAAGCCACUGCAGGGACCACUACACUGACCUGGCCAGUGUGAGGAACCAAUCUGAGAGUCAACAGCUGAAGGCAAUUGCAACUUCUACCGCUUGGAUCGGCCUCUACAGAAACUCCUGGAAGUGGUCAGAUGGGAGCACAUUUUCAUUUACCAACUGGUUUUCCAAUUCACCGUCCACGGUAGUGACAUCUUCUUGUGGUGCUUCAUCCUCUGUGAACUGGGUCAACUCUAAUUGUAUAUAUACCCGUAAAUUUGUCUGUUUCACUGCUGUGUCUAUGAGGAAGGUGUUGAAAGUGCAGCUGAAGACAACUAAUACUGCUGUGGAUAUGGAGGGACUGAAAGAGAACAUCUUGGAAAAGUUCAGUCAGAGAUUGAAUGAGCACAGCCCGAAUGAAGAAUUCAAGCUAAGAUGGUUGAAGGAGCCUGAUGGGAAGACCUUCAACAAGGACGACGAGAAAGAAUUAGACAAGAGUUCUGGCCAGGAUCAGCAGCCGACCGUAUGCAACCAAGUCGCAAAAGACUGGAGCAGCGCUAAACAGUUCUGUAGGAAUAAGUACACUGACCUGGCUUGUGUGCAAAAUGAGCAAGACCUGGCAAUGGUCAAUAAACUUACAAAGGGACUUUACAGUGUUUGGAUUGGACUCCAACCUGACAUUGAAGCAUGGAGGUGGUCUCUGGGAUACCAGAAUUAUUAUGUUGAAGGAGGGACUGAGUUCAGAAUGUGGGCUAGUAAUGAACCGAAUGUUGGUCCAGGAUACUACAAAGCAUGUGUGGCAAUGCUCCCAAGUGGGGAAUGGACAGAUCAGGCGUGUGGCGACACAUACCCAUUCAUCUGCUACUACAAAAACACAUCGAGCUUCAUCUAUGUGAAUGUGAGUGAGACCUGGGAAAACGCUCAGAGCUACUGCAGGGUGAAGCACACAGAUCUGGCCAGUGUGAGGAACCAGUCUGAGAAUGAACAGCUGAAGAUGAUGUUGAACAAUUCCCCCACGUAGAUCGGUCUCUAUAGAAAUUCAUGGAUGUGGUCAGAUGGGAGCGCAUAUUCAUUCCCCA